CCCCUCAUAAAGACGUUCACGCCAUCUCCAAGUAACAAAAAAUUGAUUGAGUACAUGAGGAAUAAGACUAGAACUGCGACUUCUGCAGAUACGCCCACUACCGUUGUCUUCAAUGUAUCAGUGGUGCCUACAACUGAGACUUACGAAAUGCGAAAAGUAAAAUUAGAGGAGCUUAUGAAUUCAAAGGACAACUUGCCCAAUAUCACUACAUCAGAAAUCGAAUCGUUUACAGUAUCUUUAUCGAAAACUUUGAUUAAGGGUAGAUGUUACGAUGAAUACACCUAUUGCCGAGAAUUUUCGUCACUUUGUGCCGAUCCAACUUAUGGAGAUGUCAUGGCACAGCAUUGUACCCUCAGCUGCAACAGAUGUGAUGAGGUUGAAGUUACGGAAGAGUACGGAGACGACUGCUUCGAUAUAACGCCUGAUUGCCGCUCACAUACGGAGCUUUGUACCCAUGCUAAGUAUAAACAAGUGAUGAUUGACUCGUGUUCGAAAAGCUGCAAAUUUUGCUCUCCAAUAUGUAAGGAUAGGCAUAAGAAUUGCCCAAGAUUUGCUGACGAUGGCUUCUGCAACGAUGGAAUGUACAGUAAUGAUGAGAGAAAGUACUUGUGCGGUCAAACCUGCGAUUUGUGCUGA